GAUGCCCUUCAAACUAAGCCCUGACUGCAUUGUGCUCGCCGAGCCCGAGAAGCUUCACUAUCCCGGUGACACUGUUUCCGGGCAUAUUGUGCUCAAGUUCGAGAAGUUUUCCACGUGCCGCGCCAUCACUCUGACUGUCAAGGGAAAAGCCGAGACAGGAUGGGACAAUGUGACGAAGGUCGGACAAUGGACCUAUUUUAAUGAGAGCGGUGUGCUCUGGAAAGCUGAAAUGUCGGAGAAUCGAAUAGAGCCCGGCACGCACAGGAUCCCAUUCGACUACACCGUGCCCGAGAACAUCCCACAAUCGUUCGAGGGACCUUUCGGGUUCAUUCGAUUCUACAUCAAAGUGCACAUGGAUCGCCCACACGCGCUUGAUCAAUGUGUUAAGAAGGAGUUCCUGGUCACUCAGAAACCAACGGUAGUGUCGAAGAAGCAUCUGGGCCCGGAGCAUAUCAUUAGAUAUUGCCAGAAGUUGAAUUGCAACAGAGGAGAAAUCUAUUUUGAGGCUCAACUCUCGAACCGUAUCAUCUUCUUUGACGAUCCGAUCUCCUUGAUCAUUAAGAUCAAAAACUGCAGCUCCAGAACCAUCAAGAAAAUCUCGCUUGAAGCCUUCCAAAGAAUCGAGUACUACUCCACCACAUCGGCCUGCCGAAAGACUCACUCAGUUCUCAUCGGAAAAACUGGAAAAUCCGAGCUGAAAAUCCGCAACGACGAGAUCGCCAUCUCGACGUUCUCCAUGAAGUUCAAGGAGCCGGCCACCCCUUCAUUCGCCUCGGAGCUGAUUCAGGUCUCUUAUGUUCUGCUGGUCAACUUGUUCACCGACGGAUUCUGGGCUGCGCCACUCGUUUUUCCGGUGGAAUUCGAGGUUGGGAAGAAAUCUGAUGUUGGGACUGAAGAUGAGGAGACCUGCGAUGGGUUGAUCAAUUUCGAUGAGGAUUAAUUUGAUUUUUUUACUCUUCAAUAUUAUUCCCAAACACUUCCUCCAUUUUGUCUAAAAAACUUAUAAGUGUCUAACUUUACUUCAUAUUGAUGAUUUCCAAGCACCAUGUUUUCUCGGAAUAUUUUGCCUGUGCUUCCCAUAUUGCUGUUUUUCCAAUUUCCAUCAGUUGCCUUGAUUGGACCACUAAUACAUUGCCAUAAUUUCAAUUAGAAUAAUUAGUAUUUCCUUCAAACGCCCCCCGAAGCCCCCUGGCCUCCACUGAAGUCCGACAAAUUUAUUUGUUCGUUGUUAAUGAAGUAAAAAAAGUUUAAAA